CGCCGCCGCCGCCGCCGCAGCCCCAGCCUCCCCAGCAGCCGCCGCCGUCGCCGCCGCAGCCGCCGCAGCAGCAGCAGCCGCCGCCCCAGGCCCCCCCCAUGGAGCCCGAGGCCCCGGAUUCCCGCAAGAGGCCCCUCGAAACGCCCCCCGAGGUGGUCUGCACCAAGCGCAGCAACACGGGAGAGGAAGGUGAAUACUUCCUGAAGGUGCUGAUCCCCAGCUACGCUGCGGGCUCUAUCAUCGGCAAGGGUGGGCAGACCAUCGUGCAGCUGCAGAAGGAGACGGGAGCCACCAUCAAGCUCUCCAAGUCCAAAGACUUCUAUCCGGGAACCACAGAGAGAGUAUGCCUGGUACAGGGCACAGCAGAGGCCUUGAAUGCUGUGCACAGCUUUAUUGCUGAGAAGGUCCGAGAAAUCCCACAAGCGAUGACCAAGCCUGAGGUGGUCAAUAUCCUUCAACCCCAAACCACAAUGAAUCCUGACAGAGCCAAACAGGCCAAGCUGAUCGUCCCCAACAGCACGGCGGGUCUGAUCAUCGGCAAGGGGGGCGCGACCGUGAAGGCCGUGAUGGAACAGUCGGGGGCUUGGGUGCAGCUGUCCCAGAAGCCGGAGGGCAUCAACCUGCAGGAGCGCGUGGUGACGGUCAGCGGCGAACCUGAGCAGGUGCACAAGGCCGUGAGCGCCAUAGUGCAGAAGGUACAGGAAGAUCCCCAGAGCAGCAGCUGCCUGAAUAUCAGCUACGCCAACGUGGCUGGGCCAGUGGCCAACUCCAACCCCACCGGCUCGCCGUACGCCAGCCCCGCCGACGUGCUGCCCGCCGCCGCCGCCGCCUCGGCCGCCGCCGCCUCGGGCCUGCUGGGCCCGGCGGGGUUGGCGGGCGUGGGGGCCUUUCCGGCCGCCCUGCCUGCCUUCUCGGGCACCGACCUGCUGGCCAUCAGCACGGCACUCAACACGCUGGCCAGUUACGGCUACAACACCAACUCCCUCGGCCUGGGGCUCAACUCGGCCGCAGCCUCCGGGGUCCUGGCCGCCGUGGCCGCCGGUGCCAACCCUGCCGCCGCCGCGGCCGCCAACCUCCUGGCGUCCUACGCCGGUGAAGCAGGGGCCGGGCCAGCCGGAGGGGCUGCUCCGCCUCCACCGCCGCCGCCGGGAGCCCUGGGGUCCUUCGCUUUGGCCGCGGCCGCCAAUGGCUACCUCGGGGCCGGGGCGGGCGGCGGGGCCGGGGGAGGGGGCGGCCCGCUGGUGGCCGCUGCGGCCGCAGCGGGGGCGGCUGGGGGCUUCCUGACGGCGGAGAAGUUGGCCGCCGAGAGUGCCAAGGAGCUGGUGGAGAUUGCGGUGCCUGAGAACCUGGUGGGAGCCAUCCUGGGCAAGGGGGGCAAGACGUUGGUGGAGUACCAGGAGCUGACAGGCGCCCGCAUCCAGAUCUCCAAGAAGGGCGAGUUCCUGCCAGGCACGCGGAACCGGCGGGUCACCAUCACGGGCAGCCCCGCGGCCACGCAAGCCGCUCAAUACCUCAUCAGCCAGCGGGUCACCUACGAGCAGGGAGUGAGGGCCUCAAACCCCCAGAAAGUGGGAUGAGGCCUGCGGUGUGUGCUCCCACCUGGCUCCCUGCCCCUCCUCCUCCUCCUCUUCCUUCUCCUCCUCCCCCUCCCCAACUCCUGACCUCAGCUCGGUAUAGUCCUGCUCCUCUUGGGAUGGGGCUGGGGUAGGCCUGACUGCACUCCCCCCCACCCCUUUUCUGGUAGUCAUAGGCAGGAUUGAGUGAUGGCUGGGGAUGAGGCCAAGAAGCUCCCUCCCCAGCCCUGAACUGACCCCUUCUUUCCUUCCUCCCUAUGCUUGACUGGGCCUGACCCUCCUCUCCCAGGGCCCAGGUCUGUGUGAUAUCUGUAUAUAUUGCAUUUUGUUGAUUUUAAUAGAAAACAAAGCGUUAUUUUCUCUUUUCUUUCCCUCCUUUUUUUCCCCUCCUUUGAUAAGGAUUUCCCCUCCCCCCUUUAUAAACUUUUUGUUUCCAUAUGGGAGGAGGGGAGGAGCCUCUGGGUCACCUAGAAUGAGGGGCCUCCCCAAAACAACACCUGCCUCUCCUGCUUUCAGCUCCGGAUCUGAGGGACAUGAUGGAAGCAGAGGUAGCAGAGGAGUGUGAGUUGAAAUGGGGUAUUUGGAGCAAGGACCCCAGAGUUGUAGAUUUUCUCAGCUACUCUCCCUCCCUGCUGGAGUUGCCCCUCCUAGGUGGGACUUUUCAACUCUUUUGUUGUCAGGUUGUAUGGGGGGGUGGGGGAGGGGUGCGGUGCUGCUGGGAAUAAGGCCGGCUCUGGGAUUGGGCCAGUCCGGUGGGCAAGACUGGCACUGGCAAGAGGCUGGAACAACUUCCUGUGGCAUCUCCUAUGGCUUUUCCUAGAAUAAUGGGUAUGAGGUUUUGUUGUGAUGUCACUGAGUCAAGUACUUUCCUGGGGUGCUUCUGGCACUUUGAAUGAUGUCCCAGGAAGUAGUUCCCCAGAGGUUACUUCCUGUGAUGAUAGGAGAGACAGGUACUUCCUGUGAUGUCUCAAUGAGCCUUCCUUGAAGGUUACUUCCGAGAUGUCAUAGGGGCAUGCACUUCCUGUGGUGUCUCUAGGUUACUUCCUGUGACAUCAUUGGGAUGAAGCAUGUACUUCCUGUAUCAGGCCAUGGCCAGUCACUGAUCCUCCUUCUCUACCCACACCCCUCUGUGGUGGGUCUUGGCCUGGGGGUCUUCCUAGAAGAAGAAUAAGGCGUGGGACUUGGAUCUAAUCUGGAGGACUAUAAGGAAAAAGACCCACUAUUUCUGGGGUCACCUCCAUCCAAACACACCAAGUCAGAACUCACCUGGCAGGGAGGGGUGGGAGAUGGAGCUGGUGAAAACUGUUAAAGACCCUCUUUCCCACCCCCGCCUUUUGUGUGCAUGCUUGUGUCUGCGUGGCUUUGUUUCAUUAAGUCUGGUGAGCCAAAUGUAUGGUGGCUCUGUCAGGCCACGGUGGCCCAGGAGAAUGCAAUGAGCCAUGGUAGGGUCCCUUGAGCUGGAAUGCUUUGUGUGGUCUAAUGCAUUAGAUUGACUUGUGGUUUCCGGCAAACUGGAGUACUUUGGUGGUCUCUGAUGGAUCGGAAUGUUUUGGUGCUCUCACCGUAGGCUCUGAGGAUCUAGAAUGUUCUGAUGAAGUCUGCCAAGCCAGGCAGCCCUGAGAGUUGGUUUGAGAGUGGCUCCCUGGGCACUGCGGCUGUGGUCAGCUCUAAGGCCUUGUUGGCAGGCUGAGAUUUCAGGGCCUGACAACCCUAUGGACUUAGGAGAGCUGAGACCCAUCUCUACCCCAUCCAUCUCCCCCUCCCUCAUGGAGACCACCUCCACUUCCUCCAGCCCAAAGCAGGGACCCUGGUGCCCUGGUUCCAUCAUCAGCAUCUCUGGGGGAGGGGCACCCCCUGCCCACCCUCUCCCCCAGUUUUCCCCCUCACAGGUCUUCCAGACCCUUCUCUUCUCCAUGGCUUUGGGGGAAUCCGGCCUCCUCGUCUCUCUCCCAAAAAAGGAGAGGAGAAAAGCCAGAGACAAUUCCUACCCCUAAAGCCUGGAAGACCCCUGCCCCUUGCUAGAGAGCCACCCCCAAAUCAAAAUGUGAAAAUCCCUAGAAAGCAAUAGCCUUCAAGGUACCUUGCACUGAAUUUCCCACCACAGCCUUGAUGGGAGGCUGUAGCUUGGGCACUAGGGUGACUUUUUCCAUGCCCUCUUCAUCUCCAGGGUAGGGGGCAGGCCCCAUUUCCUCAUCCUUCACCUCCCAUCGCUGCUGCCGUCACCCCUAAUCUCCAGACUAAACCCGGAUGGAGAUUUGAGUGCCAAAACAAUUCUUGAUGUAACCUUGUACAUAUCUUCUGCAGUUGGGGGCUCUUGGGGUAGGAGGUGGAGGUGGUCCUAUGGGCCACUGCUCCCCUCCACCUCUCAAAAGACCUUACAGUAUUUCACAGCAUCUCCACCCACAUGUGGAGACUGCAGUAUCGAGCUGGAAUAUCCCCCCCUACAACUCCCCAGGCCCCCAUAAGCAGGGGAAGGAGCCAGGAAGAGGUGAAGUAAGGUCUGGGAGUGGGGAGGUGGGAUUUGAAAGCACUCAUUUGCGUAUCAUUUGCAUCCUCAGCUGCCCUUCUAGUUUGUUAGAUGCUUUCUGUAGACCUAUUUCUGGGUCCCAAUCAGUGGGAUCCAGCACUCCUCUCACACAGACACAUCUCUGGAGGCUGGGCCUCCUGAAAAGUGUUCCCUUGGGGUAUCUGUGUGACAGCCCCUUCCCUGUUCACAUUUUUCGGGGACCCCCUACCCCGCCAGCCAGGGCUAUCUGAAAGGUAGUUUGCUAGCUCAGUCAGCUAGUUCACUCACUGUGUUGGUGAGUGGAGAGCCACACACCUUUCCCCAUUUUACCACUCCACUGUCUUCCUCAUCCCUGGAAAGUCCCUUCUGCAAUCUGACCUCAAUCUUUUGUGCUGCAGUUUGUCUAGAGAGGACGCAGAUGUGGGGUCAGCGAUGGGGAAUCAUUGAAAAAUCCAUCACCUUUCCCCUCCCCCACCUUCCCUGUUAGCCAAUCAGAUCUGAGAGACUCUGAGUGGCCUUCCUGCACCCUGCUCUUCAGCACCCAAGAGGUGCUUAG